AUGCCAUUCGUGUCUGAUGCAGUUUCCAGCAAUGACCAAAAGAGUCUCAAGAAUGGUUCACGAGCUCGAAUUUAUUGGCCAAUCAAGGACCAUGGCUUGCAGGGCCCUGGCGUGCACGGUAGUGGGGAAUGUGGCGUUAUCGCGCCGCUAGUUCCUUCAAACAGGAAGUACCAGCUCCUAUCAAGGCCCAACCUUGCCCACUUUUUGAGGUGCUACAGAGGUGAAUGGAAGGACAACAAACGUCAUGGAUUCGGCAUCCAGACAUACCUCGAUGGUAGUACGUAUGAGGGCCAGUGGCGUGAAGAUCGGAGGCAUGGACACGGGAUAAUGUGGGAAAAACUCCCGUCAUCGAACUUUGGCUCCGCUGGUUUUGCUGCUGGAGCACAGGUAUCGGCGAGCCUAUUGUGGCCAGUGGCAGCGAGACAAGCAGUGGGGCGAAGGGGAGGCGCUGGAUGCGGACGGGGGAAAGUAAGCUCUGACACAUCUGCAGCGUUUUCUACCGUUUUUGCGUGUUAUAUAUUUAUAACGAAGACGUGUGGACGUAAUAAAAACAUCGCGAUGACCUGACAAGCGUUUCACACGCGCUGGGACUCUGCUGAAGGUUCGAGUGACCAGAACACACUGCUCGUGUGAAAUAUGCAGACCCCUCCAUCCUUGGAGCUGAGUUUUUUUUUCGCAUGGCUGCACCUCAUUCCUACAGACAUCUAGACAUCUUCGAGCUUGCAAACACACUUACUCGUGUAUUAGCCCCACUCACGGACCACGUUAAAUGGGGAAAAUACUACGUCUGAGCGGCAGUAUUAUCCUCUUGCUUUGAGAACAGAUACACCGGCAGCUGGCGGGCAGGUGAAAGACACGGCUGGGGCGAGGAAGUGGACACCAAUGGCAACGUAUAUACCGGGAGCUGGAGAGACAACAUGAAGUCCGGAGAAGGCGUUAUGAAAAUGUGAGGCAAAGAAUCCCGCCGUGUGGACACUCCGGUGCCGUCCAAGGUGAAUAGAACCGGCUGACAUGGCAGUCGCCAGCAGCGAGCAAGAGGCCGACGAAACCCAAGUGUGGCACACGACGAGUUUCGUGUCACGUAUUUAUGCCGUUAUAAGCACUCUGAUAUUGCUCUCAAGAAAUCACCCCGUAGAGCGCCUCUGUGUCAUGACAUACGCCUGCGCUGCAGUGCUCAUUCCCAAGAAGUUGUUCUGGUACCCGGAAAAGCACCAUGGCGAUUUCGUUUCUCUUGAGUAAUGUUGCCUUUGGAACACGGUCGUACAACGCAGCCUUCGUAAGGUUUGGACGCUUUUUAUUUCCCCUCACUUUCUAGAGAGUCGCGAAGCCCGUCGUAUACUCAUUUUCCUAUGGAGUUUAACUCUUUUAUAGAUUUUAUCUUUUCUGCUGGUUUGCUUACGAAUUCUACCGUGGGCGGCAGUCCAUGCACGCAAUUUUCUAUCGAUGAUCCAACACGUACACAACUUGAUAAUGCAUAUAUGUACAUCGUCGUACACCACUCUGCUUCCUGGUUUCUUUCGUGCCCGUGCAGGGUGAACGGAGAUGUUUUUGAGGGGACUUUCGUUAGGAACAAAAAAGUGAGGACCACACGAAACCAAAAAGGGAGAUUUUGAAAUACAUUUCACUCGCUGACAGGAGAAACUCUCUCUCUGUUGUUCGUGCGGCUACGGAAUUACCAGAAUGCCCUGUGAGGAAAACUGGGAACAGACACAAGACCUGCCUUUUUUCCCGUUACAGGAAGGGAGAGGAACAUAUACGCACGCGUCUAAGAGAGUCCGCGUAGGAGAAUGGGCAGAUGACAUUAUGGUCGCUGGUAAGAACUUUCGUGCCUUUUGUACUUCCCACUACCCGAUGCUCCUACUACUGAAGCAGGAUACAAAAACAAAUCAAGGGGGGAACGCACAUUUUCCUUUUUUGGCAACGACAUUUCGCUGGAUUUGUCUUAACGGUUUUCACUGUAGGGCUGGCAGUGUGAUCAAGUGAGAUUGCGAUUGAUCGAAAUGAAGAAACUAAAUAUGUGUGGAUUCUGGAGGGCCGAAGGCCAGUCUGAAAGGAUACACUAAAUUGUGUUUCUACGGUGUGAUGACACUUUAGGAGGCAACGCUUUCUGAUGAACAAGGCGGGUGACUUGAUACGCCAACCGAAAGAUUGUUUCUAUUGCCGCAAAUUUGAAGGCGACCCCAUGUGUCACAUCUGGAUUUUGUACAGGAGAGUUUUGGGGUGUUCCAUCACCCGCUCUCAGUCCUAAGACGGCAGAGAGCUUGCAUCGUCAAGGCUAUUUGCCUGUUCCCUCUGAGCGCACAAGCAACUCCACCCAUGUUACAGAGUUCGCUUCCCAAAGGCAGAAUGACUCAGGGUCGAACUCUUGGAAAAACGACAGUCAAGAGUUGGCGCAUUCGGGUUUCAGUGCCUUUUCACCCAUUACGCAAGAUAUACAGUUCGUAGACCAAGAGGAACCAGAAAUACCUCUCCCUUCGCUGUCUCUUUUGCAUCCGGAAAGAGUUCUGAAUGACGCUCUAGCAAGCGUCCGAAACUUGCGCAGGCUCUACAGAGUCCAAAAUACUCCUGUAUGGCUAACACCCUCCCACUUUUUUACGCAAGAAUAAUCGAUCCCUUGCUAUUCUGAAACACGGUUAUCUGUCCCGUGUGCUUCUGAGUGUAUUGCCGUAAAGGAAUGCUCAACCAUCUCUGCCGCACAGCACUCAUCAGAGGCGACACUUCAACUGCUGCCGCCCCGGUCUCUUUGCUAGAAGGGAGCUUCGGACAGGCACGUGACACAGUAUUUUCUUUGUUCCGACGUAUCACAGCUUAGCUUGCUGCUAUCGAGCGAUGAUAUUGAAGAGCUGAAGGAAUCUUUCUCAAAGACAACAACGGUACGCGUGAGUGUUCAAUGCGCGAUAAGUGUGUGUUGAAGAUGUAGCACAACGUUCUGAGGUCGAGAACAAAUCCGGGUGUUGUGUUCAAGAUGACAUAAGAUAUAAGAAAACCAGCACACCAAUUGAUCAGUUUCGUACAAGGUCGACAUCUCCAGUUUGAUUUCUAGUUUUCGGCGAAGGCGAUCUAACCACAGGUUUUGCUGACGUAGCGACCACAGCCACACGCGCUAAGAGAGGCGUGCUUCUCGACAGGAAGCACACGACUGUGUAUCUGCGUUUCAACAGUGCUUUCGUUGGAAGGAAGGCCGAACACAUAAGAGCAGGUUUUUGUCGCAU